GCGCCAUCACCACUGUCGAGAUAGUAGUACCAACUACACCAUCAAGAACCUACUCUACCCAUCGAAUUGAGAUAAGCAACACCGACAAUGCCCAAGGAGAAAAACUACAACCCAGUCCAAGCCCAGCGCAAAGCUGACAAGGCAAAGGAAAUCAAAAAGGGCAAGGCGCAGCAGCAGGCAAGGCGAAAUGAACAGCUCGCGAAACGAAAUCCCGAAAAGAUCCAGCAGCAGAUCGACGACCUAAAAAAGAUCAAGGAAACGGACGGCAAGCUCUCCUCCCAUCAAGAGCAGGUCCUCGAGGCCCUCGAAAAGGAUCUCAAAGCCGUCAAGAAGGCCAGAGAGGCACUAGGCGACAAAGCGCCCACCUUUGGCCACGGUCCGCGACGCGAUGGAGCCCUCGGAAAGCGGCGACGGGAAGACGAAGAGUCUAGCGAUAGCGACGUGCCCGAAGAUGUCAAGAGGAUCCCGAUGCCGCGCGACACUCCCCCGCCUAUCCCCAAGGACGUCCUAGACGAAUGGUAUGCCAAGCGCAGGGCAAAGCGGGCGGCAAACGCGAACCACGAGCCACUCGGCCAAGGCAGAGGACAUCAGCAGCAACAAGAAGACCAGAAGAUGGAGAAGCCAAAGGCACCCGUGGUUGAGGUCAAGACUGUGUACGAAGCCAAGCCUAUGGUCCGCGAUCUUAGAAAGGAGGCCGUGAGCGCAUUCGUACCGACCAAUGUCCGUCUGAAGCUGGAAAAGGGCAAGGGCAAAGGUGGUCUCAUGGAACCAGAAGAAGCCGACGAACUCGAGAGGGCCGGUUACCUAAAGACCUCCCAGCCGGCAGAACAGUCGGCUCAUGGGCUGCAAGUCGAGAAGAGCGCCGGCCCACGUGGAGUUACCAUGGAAGAGGCGGAAGAAGAAGACUAGAGGCCGCAUCGAACCCUUUUAGGCGGCGAAUAGGAGUCUGGGACCUUAUGGUUCAUCAAUCGACACCACACCUACAUUACAUCUCAAAGCAAGCGCUUCGGCCCGUGUUUUCCAAGCCACCUUGUGAGCAGGCCUGGUCCCGCUGCUGUCAUAUCAAACUUGGCGACGGCCUUGGCGAUGCGACAACGACUGCCGAGAACCUUGGGGCUAACCAGGCUGAUGGAAUGAGCUCCGCCUUGGCAUUCGAGAGCCGCGGCCAAUAUAUUUGCUUGGCCGCACUGCGUUGAUAUCAAUAGCCGAUGCAGCACAUGCUUCUCAGAGUCACCGGCGUGGAUGUCAUGCUCAGCGUAAAACAGCUCGUUGGGUUUGGAGCCGGAAAAGGGAAUGGACAGGGCCAAUUGCCUCGGACAGCCCAGCAAACGGCUUACCGUGGAGAAAAAGAAACCGUUGACCCAUCACGACAGGCCCACAACAAAAAGACACCACAAGGGUAAAUUGGGACAUCGCCAGCGACGGGAAUCAGUCAUACCGCGCUUCCUGCUGCACAUUACGGUUCCCGCCAUUCGGCAAGCCCUAGCGCCGUUGCUAUUGAAGCGUGGGCGCAGAGAUUCUUCAACCUCGUGUUUUACGAUUCCCUGCCGCUACGCUAGGGUCCUUCGACAUCAGAAAUCAGCCUGAAGGCUAUUCGACAUACACUAUCAAUGCCAAUUUGCAGCAUCGCUCCAACAGACGGAGCCAGGUGAGGAACACUGCCUCGCCGAAGGCUUAGUUACGCAGCGGAGUGGUUAGCUUUCAUCCCCGCAAGCGAGCGUGGAGCUCGGCAAGGGUUCACUCCAAGCAUCAUUUGUCAAGAUGCGGAAGAUGACGGGAAGGGGUCCGUUGGCAUCUGUCCAAACUCCAAAGUGCCCCUGGGUCGCCAACGGGAGUACAUACAUAAUCUCAAAGUUGGUGACGGUUGGUGACACGGAUGUGACUUGGGAACCCCUCCCGGAGUAACAAUGACAGGACUAAUCGUUACAUCGUUCAAACUGCCAGUGUCUGCAAGUGCAAGAGGAGUUGGUUGAUAUUGUGGCUGUCUAAGCACCUCAUCCCUAGCAGUGAUUUGCACCCCUACGUAGUGUAGAGACUUUGACUCCGUUUCACUAGUGAUUUGUCCAAACAAGGCCUUAGGUUCACAGUCCGGGAACCAAUUUGCAGGGGUUCCCAAGGGAGCCAUUGUCCACUGACAACGGGUCGAGCCCACAUGUGCCCACGUUCUUACAUCAGUCAUU